UCCCUCCGACAGCAGCAGCAGCAGCAGCAGCAGCUUUGCACUGCUCCUUCGACUCAUCCUCAAUAUCAUAUAACAUCCCACCGACUCUCAUUCGCUUCAUGAGAGCGUCCCGUAGCGCUGACUUAUCAGCAGCCACCCCCCUCCUUUGAUCGCUCUACCCCUUAGAUUUUCAUACUCAACCCCUUUGCCCCACCGCUCGAGUCUUCAACGACUUCUUCAUACAGGUUCCGACAAACACUCACACUCAUUUCAGCCAACUCUCAACUGAUCGUCUCCUUCUUGACCCAAACGGUCGCCUAUUACCAUGCUCCUCCUCUCAAACCUGCUCCCCUUGCUCCCAUUCCUUGGCCAAGCUUCUGCAGCUACUGCUGAUGAGUGGAGGUCGCGAUCAGUGUAUCAGAUCAUGGUAGAUCGCUUCGCCCCUCCUAACGGAGACUCUGGAACUCCAUGUAACCCCGACGACAGGAAGUAUUGUGGUGGAACAUGGUCCACUCUUGUCUCCAAGCUGGACUAUAUCCAAGGCAUGGGUUACGAUGCGGUGUGGAUCUCACCGACGGGAUUGAACAUUGAAGGAUUCACCUACUAUGGUGAAGCUUACCAUGGCUAUUGGAUCACUGACCCGACCAAGGCGAACCCUCAUUUCGGAUCUGAUGAUGACCUCAAAGCACUCUCUGCCGCUCUUCAUGAUCGCGGAAUGUAUCUGAUGGUAGAUAUCGCCGUCUAUGCGCUGGCAUCAAACACUGGAGACAUAUCAAAUGCCGCCCUUGCUGCAGACAACGGUGGUGCCUUGCUGUUCAAAGACCAGGCAGACUACCACCCAAAAUGUAAUAUCAAGUGGGGAGAUCACGACUCCGAGAUGAAAUGCUGGCUCGCGACUUCUGGAGUGGCUCUCAUGGAUUUGGAUCAGUCCAACUCGGAUGUAGGCGACACACUGAUCAAUUGGGCCAAAGACUACGUCCAAGAGUUUGGCAUAGACGGCUUCCGGAUCGAUGCUAGCAAGCACAUGACUCAAGACUUCCAGCACCGUAUGUGUACAACCGCGGGAGUGUUUUGCGUCGGCGAAGUAGCGGGAGACAAUACAGCGUAUGCCUCGCGGUUCCAGGGCAGCAGUGCUAUCGAUUCGGUCUUUGGCUUUGGCCUGAUGUACGGCUUCGUCCAAUCCUUCACUGGUGGUCACAAGAUGACCUCUUUGGAGAACAAAAUCAAGCUCGCUGCGCAGAGCUACUCUGACCCAACAGUCAUCGGUCAAUUCCUUGACAAUCAAGACCUGCCCCGAUUCAACUCACUUACCUCGGACAAAUCGCUCGUCUAUAAUGCCAUCGUCGGAUGUUUCAUGUACGGUGGUAUACCUAUGAUCUAUCAAGGCCUUGAGCAGGAACUCUCGGAUGGUCAUGAUGAUCCGUACAACCGUGAAGCUCUAUGGCUCUACAAUGACUUUUCAACCUCGACACCUAGCUACGUCAAUAUCGCCAACGUUAAUAAGAUCCGUCAUGCGCUCAACGGAGACGACAAGUUCCUAAACUCGGUGGCAACUGUUCAGUCUGUUCGGGAUCAGGAUAUCGCUCUGGUCCGCGGCUCUGCCUUGAUUGUUUUGACCAAUGUGAGUCACCCGUCUGCGGACUUAGAGUGUGGCUGACGAUGUUCAGCGUGGUGCUGGUGGAAGCGGCUCAUGGGAGAUCAGCACUGGGUUCAAGGCAGGCUCGACCGUGGUCGAGUUCGUUGCUCCAUCAGAAGAUGAUCCCAGCUAAUAUGUUUCUUAGCCUUCUCUCCUGUAAGACUUUCUCGGUCGCGCAGGACACUAGUUUGUCGGUGACUUGGACCUCGGGAGAACCAUUUGUGAGCCGGAGGAGAGGUGAUCUUCUAAACGUGGUCACUGACAUGACUACUUUCAGGUAUUCGUUUCCACUGACACGGUCUCGUCGAGUGGUCUCUGUGC